AUGGCCGAAUACUGGAAAUCAGCUGUGAGCCACCCCUUCGCAUAUUAUUAUGUUACCCUCCUAACCAGAUCGUUCAUACCACAGCCGCGCCAUUGGUGCAAACAGUGCAAGAUCUUCAUCCGCGACACACCUUUCGAAAAGACCCAGCAUGAGGCGAGCGGGAAACACCAAUCCAGCCUGAGGCGCUUUCUUCGUGACAUCCACAAGAACAAUGAGAACCAGCAGAAAGAAUCACAGCGAGCAAAGACUGAGGUUGAGCGAUUGCGCAAGGCCGUCGGAGGCGGGUCCUCUGCGUCCUCCGCACCCGGAGACGCACCGUCUAAACGCGCCGCAGCACCAGCUCCCAAGCCUGUCAGUGUAGAAGAAAGGAAAAAGCAGAUCGCCCAGCUGGCUGAAAUGGGUGUUGCAGUCCCUGACGAGUAUCGUGGCGAUAUAGCCUUGGCCGGUGAAUGGCAGACACUUUCAGAGACCAAGGUCGAUGUGGAGGGACUGGAAGGCGCUGCCAAGUCUAUUGGUGUUCGCAAGCGCAAGCAUGAUGGUGAUGAGGAGGAGGAUGAACAUAUUCCCGAGCCAGUCGCGAGACAAGGGUGGGGUUCGAGGAUGAAGACGUACCCUGGUGCGCAGGACGAGGACGAGGAUUUGGACGCUCUUCUUGCGUCUACGAAAGACCUCAAGAAGACAAAACAAUCUCUACCUACGAUCGCGAAAGAGGAGCCCGAAGAGCAGGAAAAGGAGCAUGCCUCUGUCUUGAAGACAGAAGAUGAAGCGCCUGGCUCGAAGAACGUGAGGACAGAUGAGGCCGCUCAAGUGAAAAUUGAAGUGCCUGGAGAGGGCUCUACGCCUGCAGCGGAUGAAAUGCCACCAGCCCCAGAAGAGACAGGCCCUAUCUUCAAGAAGCGCAAGCCGAAGGUCAUGAGAAAAUAA